CAUUUGAAUAGACUGGUGUUCAACCUUCUUAGCACUUACCAGCUGAUGCUUUUUGACACUAAUGAUUAUAAAGCUUCCAUCACUAAUGAUUGACCAUGUGUGUGUGUGUGUGUGUGUGGACUCUGGUCCACUGGAGCAUCUGCUCUUCUCCCCUAACCACACACACACACACACGUACACACACACUCCAUUAUCCCCCGGCACAGAGUGUGUGUGUCAGCGCUGCAGGUGUCACAUUAAGGUGAUGUGUUUAAUCAUCAGUUCACAUACGAGGGGACCUGCCCUCUUCACACUCUCAACAUGUGACACAGUGUGUCGGCUUUUUGGUGAUUUGGUGAUUUGGUGAUCAUGCGGUCAGUGUGGGAUUCAGCCCUGAAGAGGACACUCAGCACAGGCUGCCCUGACUCUGUGUGUGUUCUAAGGACAGAGGCCUUCUCUUUUUUUACUUUUUCAUUCUUUUCCACAUCUGUAGGCAGUGUAAUGUCCUGUUUCGCGUGGUGAGCGUGAACCAGCAGUCUGAUGAGACUCAGGUGUAAGCGUUUCAUUCAACAGGUGUGUGUGUGUGUGUGUCUGUGUGCAACACAGGAGGCAGCAGUCUGUGCUUUUUUUUUCUGUGUGUGUGUGUGUGAGUUUUGUGGCAAACACCGAGGAUGUCUAAUGACACCGUCAACUUCUACGCCCUGUCACAGUCCUUCAGCUUCUCUGAUAUUAUUGUGAUAGCGACGUACUUUCUGCUCAACAUCGCUGUCGGCAUCUGGUCAUCAUGCAGGGUCAGCAGAAAUACUCUGAGUGGAUAUUUCCUGGCUGGACGGGACAUGGCCUGGUGGCCGAUCGGAGCGUCUCUGUUUGCCAGCUCAGAGGGUUCAGGUCUGUUCAUCGGUCUGGCUGGAACUGGAGCUGCCGGAGGCAUUGCUGUCGCCGGCUUUGAAUGGAACGCCACGUAUGUGCUGCUGGCUCUGGCCUGGGUGUUUGUGCCUGUCUACAUCUCCUCAGGGAUUGUGACGAUGCCCGAGUAUCUGGGUCGUCGUUUCGGAGGAGAGAGGAUCAGAACCUACUUGGCCGUCCUCUCACUGCUGCUGUCCAUCUUCACAAAAAUAUCAGUAUGUCACUCACUCACUCACUCACUCACUCACUCACAAACACAGCCAUUACAUUACACUGCGUUGCCUAUUGAAGCCGCCGUGACGCAGGAUCUCUGCCGACUGACAGCCGUGUUGUGUUUCCAUCACCAGACUGACCUGUUCUCGGGAGCCUUGUUUGUUCAGGUGUGUCUGGGAUGGAACCUGUAUCUGUCCACUGUCCUCAUGCUGGUGGUCACUGCACUCUACACUAUCGCAGGUGGACUUGCCGCUGUCAUCUACACCGACACUCUUCAGACAUUUAUCAUGAUUAUAGGAGCGAUAAUCCUGACAAUCACUGCCUUUAACAAGAUCGGAGGCUAUGGUAACCUGGAGCGCGUGUACAGCAUGGCAGUGCCCAGUAAGAUCAUCCCCAACAGUAGCUGCCACCUCCCACGUGAGGAUGCCAUGCACCUGUUCAGGGACGCCGUCACUGGAGACCUGCCCUGGCCCGGCAUGACACUGGGACUCACUAUACUGGCGACCUGGUACUGGUGCACCGACCAGGUGAUUGUGCAGCGGUCACUGUCUGCUAAGAACAUGAGUCAUGUGAAAGGAGCAUCACUCCUGGCGGCCUGGCUGAAGAUGCUGCCCUUCAUCUUCAUCAUCCUCCCUGGUAUGAUCAGUCGAGCUCUCUACCCAGACACGGUGGGAUGUGUCGAUCCCGAGGAGUGUGUGCGAGUGUGUGGAGCUGAGGUGGGCUGCUCCAACAUUGCCUUCCCCAAAAUGGUCAUUGAGCUCAUGCCAAGUGGUUUGCGAGGGUUGAUGAUAGCAGUGAUGAUGGCAGCUCUGAUGUCUUCACUGACCUCCAUCUUCAACAGCAGCUCCACACUCUUCACCAUGGACAUCUGGAAGAAACAUCGACCUCGGGCCUCAGAGAAAGAGCUGCUACUCGUCGGCAGGAUUGUGACAGUGAUCCUGGUGGUGGUCAGUGUAGUGUGGAUCCCCAUCCUUCAGUCGGCAAAUAGUGGCCAACUUUACGUUUACAUCCAGUCUGUGACGAGCUACCUCGCUCCGCCUGUCACCGCUGUAUUCACUCUGGCUAUCUUCUGGAAGAGGACCAAUGAGCAGGGUGCAUUCUGGGGCCUGAUGGUGGGUUUGGUGGUGGGUGUGUGUCGGAUGGUGCUGGAGUUCGCCUUCCCUCCUGCCAGAUGUGGCGUCGUGGACUCUGCACCCGCAGUACUGCGCAGCGUCCACUACCUUCACUUCGCCAUCCUGCUCUGUGGACUCACUGCUAUUGUGGUUGUUUUCGUGUCGUUGCUCACGCCCCCGCCGAGCGCCGAACAGCUCUGUAAUCUGACAUGGUGGACAAUAACUGAAGAGCCGCAGAGGGAGAUUCCUCUACAAAAAGUGUCCUCUGUCAGCCACCGUAGCUCCCAGGGCUCUGGGCCAAAUCUGCGGACGACAUGUGGUCAGAGGGUGGGAUUCUGCGUCUCAGCAGUGCAGCGCUCGAACGAGGCCCCGGCCCCCAGAGUUCCCACUCUGAGGGAGAGCGUGUUCUGGUCGAGGUUCUGCUGUGCUAAUGCAAUCCUGCUGAUAGGCAUUAACAUUUCCCUCUAUGCAUACUUUGCAUAGCGCGUGUGGAGACUCUCCACACGUGGAGACUGAUUCCUCUCCAGAUCCGAGAAAGAAAGUGCAGAAACAAACGUGUCUGUGCUUGAGAUGUUAAGUCUCUAAAUAUGUUAGAAACGGUGUAUAUUUCACAACGUCGUGUGCGGUUAACGCCAAAUUUUCAAGUUAGAAAACACCCAGAGGCCACGUUGGUCCUUCAAGGCUACAUAAACUUUGAAUUUUCCUUAUUUUUUCCACUGAUAGCGAAUGCUUGUGUCCACAUUUGCAUCACAUUACUCCGUGAUUGUAAAUAAUGGAAAACACAUGUCAGACAAAAAUGUGAGAGAACUGUCAACAUGUUCGUGUUUUUGUUUUAACUAUGAGCAGCGCGCAUUAAAAUCACUUUAUGGUUGUUAUUUUAAUACCACCCCACAUAUCUGAUCUUGGUUUAUUCAUUAAACAAUUCCAGUAUAUUUGUUGUAACCUACAAAUUGCAAUGAGGUUUGUAACAAGCAACAACAUGCUUUUAUUAUACUUAAAAGCUUACCAAUACAUAAUGAGGUAUUAAAAAGAGUGGUUUAAGUUGAAUAUGGCUCUCAUAAUUGAAUUUGCUUUUGAAUUAAUGUGCUAAAAUGGUAAUUACAGUGUUGUUUUGUCGACAGCCUUUUGUCUCAGGAGGUUUUGUGAACCUUUAGUUGUUGUGAGUGUGUUCUAAACUUUUUUAAUUAAUAUAAAUGAAUACAAAUAAUUGACUGUGGCUGCUCUGAGUGCCCAAAUCCACAUGACUGCUGCAGCUAUUACAGUUUCUAAUUGCCAUGAAAAUCUUUUUCCAUGCAGUUUAUAUCUCCAAACGCAUCCAAAUUGCAUUUAUAGAAUACAUGUAUGUAUUAGAAUGCAAAUGACAUUGUAUAAGUAGAAGAAUCUCUAUUAUAACAUUGAUGUUACUGUGAAUUUGAGUAGAUUUUUAUAUCGGUGAAGUGUUAAGAAGUGCACGCUGUGAAACGUGAAGAACUACGCGUCGGUCAAACAUAAAUAUCUUGACUCUGUGUCCAUCAAAUACAGUUUUUCCUUGUGCUCUCUCUGUAAUAAAUGUAAAGAUCUAUG